GUGUGGUCACAUGACCGCUGUGUGGACGCGCGAGCUUUUACUGAGAGCUAAGUAGUCUCAAGCGCACACGAGAAGCAGCUCAGAUCUGUUGUUUUUGCGCGUUAGCACGGGUUUGUUUUCUCUUAUUUUAAUGCAUCGUGACCCAGACUCGCUUUUUAUGACGGAUAUUUCUCUCGCGCUACCAAGAUGGCCUUGGUUGAUCAAAAUAACGCCGUUCACGACUCUACCGAGAAAGAUCGAUUGCUGUCUCCAGUGAAUUGCUAUGGUUCCCAUGACCACUGCAUUGACCACGACAACUCCAGGUUGUACCCGGCGACAGAUAUCUGGGUUACCAUGGACCAGGAAGAGGAAGCGCUGCGGAGGAAAAUGAAAUAUUUCUUCAUGAGCCCGUGUGAUAAGUACCAUGCCAAGGGUAGAAAGCCAUUUAAACUGGUCCUGCAGAUCCUAAAGAUCUUCAUAGUGACAGUACAGCUUGUACUGUUCGGUUUGAGUAACCAGAUGGUGGUGACGUUUAAAGAAGAAAACACAGCCUCCUUUAAACAUCUUUUCCUUAAAGACUACGUUGAUGGUGCUGAUGACACGCUGGCAGUGUACACGCAGAGUGACGUCUAUGAGCAAAUCUAUUACGCAAUAGAACAGUACCUGAUUUUGCCGGACACCACUGUGGGACGCUACGCGUACGUGUACGGAGUGGGCGUCAAUGGCAGCGCUCUGUCUCUCUGCCAGCAAUAUUAUAAAAAAGGCCGCAUCGACCCAGCCAAUGACACCUUCAGCAUCGACCCACACAUUAUUACAGAUUGUGUAGGAGUCUCACCGCUCAGUGUACCCGAUGGCUUUGUGAAAAAUGAGUUCAAAAACUUUACUCUUAAAUUUCACAAGCUCAUCAACGUUACAAUACAGUUUCAGCUAAAGGCUAUAAAUCUCCAGACCAUCAUAAACAACGAGAUUCCAGACUGUUACACUUUUGUAAUCACGAUCGUCCUGGACAAUAAGGCUCACAGCGGCAAGGUGAAGAUCAGUCUGGAAAACCAGGUCUCUAUCAAGGAGUGCAGAGACCCCAGUGUAUCCGGCCAUGCGGAGAGCUACACCCGGGUGGCCUUUGAUGUGGUUGUGGCAAUUAUGUGUGGCCUCUCUCUGGUGCUCUGUGGGCGCUCUAUUUUCCGAGGAAUCCUCCUUCAGCAUGAGUUUGUACAGUACUUUAAAAACAAACUGAAACGCACAGUGUGUUGGGGGGACAGGAUGGAGUUCAUCAAUGGCUGGUACAUCCUGCUCAUCAUCAGUGAUCUGCUCACCAUUGCCGGCUCCUUCAUAAAGAUCGGCAUUGAGUCCAAGAACAUCUCGUCCUAUGACGUGUGCGGGAUUUUGUUGGGAACGUCAACACUGUUGGUGUGGGUAGGGGUAAUUCGCUACCUCAGCUUCUUCCAGAAGUACAAUAUUCUGAUUGUGACGUUGCGUGCAGCGUUCCCUAACGUGAUCCGUUUCUGCUGCUGUGUGGCAGUGAUCUAUCUGGGCUACUGCUUCUGUGGCUGGAUUGUUUUAGGGCCAUAUCAUGUCAAGUUUCGCUCGCUGUCCAUGGUGUCAGAGUGCCUGUUCUCUCUGAUAAAUGGAGACGACAUGUUUGUCACCUUCAGUGGCAUGCAGGAGAGUAGCACGCUGGUGUGGGUCUUCAGCCAGGUGUACCUCUACACAUUUAUCGCUCUGUUCAUUUACAUGGUGCUCUCGCUGUUCAUCGCCCUCAUCACCGGGGCGUAUGAGACCAUCAAGCACCAAACUCAGGAGCCCAUUCACAUCACCGAUUUACACGCAUUCAUCGCUGAGUGUAAAGACACGCCCAGCUCUGGAAAGUUCCGGGGACUGGAGACAUCACCGUGCUCCUUCUUCUGCUGCUGUGACAGGACCACCACCUAUGAAGACGUUCUACUGGUGAACUAGUUCAACUACAACUCUUAUGCUCUCUGCUGGUGACCGUGUGAUGUUGCAUCCAUUCCAUGGCUGGAAAGAGGAUAAAUACAGAUACCAAACGUUACAUCCAAUACACAUUUACCUCCACAGACUCAUCACACGCUACAGGAGAGAGGAUUUUCCUCCUGGGUGUGAUGGUGAGAGAAGUAAGAAAGACUCCCCAUUUUUCAGCGCGGCAUGAAAAGAACAGAGCGAUGGAAAGGGCGAAAAAGCUAUUUUUGUCUGUCACCCACUUCACAAAGAGCAGUACUAUGUAGGUGGAGUACACAAGCUUUUAUUUAGGAAAACAGUGUAUGUAAGUUAGGAGAUCAGUGUUUUAUGUGUCGUAUUUAAUAUGAUUUUAGUGUACCGUUAACUUAAUAUUUUUGAUUGUUUUAAACUGAUAAGUAAUGGCUACGUUGUCAUUUUAAA